AUGUCUAUGCCACCGUGGAAAGCUAUCUCACUCACGUCUCUCGUCUCAUCAUACCUGCUGGUCUCCCGCCAAGCAGAAUGGUCGACUGCACAGCUCGUCCGCGCCUUUGCCGGGCUCUGGCUCCUCCAGGCGCUCGCAUUUGGUGCAUGGGCGGUCGUGAUCUACCCAAAGCUCUUCUCACCGCUGCGCGGCCUUCCCCAGCCCAAGGGUAAUUCGUUCUUCAUGGGUCAACUCGCGAGAAUUAGAGACGAACCGACUGGAUACCCUCAGCGAGAAUGGGCUCGUACCGUGCCUAAUGACGGCGUCAUCCGCUACCUUGGGGCUUUCAACCAAGAGCGCUUGUUCGUCACGUCCCCCAAGGGGCUGUCUGAAGUCCUGGUCACCAAGAACUAUGACUUUGAGAAGCCUUCGGAUGUCAGAGUCUUUCUCGGCCAGAUCCUGGGAGUUGGCGUCUUGAUAGCUGAGGGCGAUGAGCAUAAGCUGCAGCGCCGGAACCUCCUACCCGCCUUCGCUUUCAGGCAUAUCAAAGACCUAUACCCAGUGUUCUGGCAGGUCAGCCGCGAUGCAGUGCAGGCGAUGACUGAGUCGAUCAAAGCCGAUGCCGCUCAGAGAACCGAGUCAGAAGACGCUGAGAAGGCACUUUCGGGCCGUAAGGACACGUCGGUCAUCGAAGUUGGCUCUUGGGCAUCCCGAGCGACUCUGGAUAUCAUCGGCAUUGCUGGUCUUGGCCGAAACUUUGACUCCAUCAGGUCCCCGAGAAACGAGCUCGCUGAUGCUUAUCGGGCCGUUUUUACACCUUCGCGGCAAGCCCAGCUACUUGGUGUUCUAGGUAUGGUGUUGCCCCCCUGGCUGGUUCGUGCCUUGCCAGUCAAGCGUAAUAACGAUAUCGCCGCCUCGUCGAGGACCAUCAAAUCAGUCUGUUACGACCUCGUCCGCGAGAAAAAGGAGAAGCUGGCGCGCAAGGAGCUCUCAGAUGUUGAUAUUCUCUCCGUGGCUAUCGAAUCCGGUGGCUUCACCGAUGAAGGCCUGGUGAACCAGAUGAUGACGUUCCUAGCAGCGGGUCAUGAAACCACAGCUUCGGCCAUGACAUGGGCCAUUUACAUGUUGGCCAGGUAUCCGGACGUGCAGAAGCGCUUGCGAGAAGAAAUCCGGGCGAACCUGCCAUCCAUGGACUCGACUGAAGACGUGUCGAGUCUUCAGAUCGACCAUUUAAGCUACCUGAAUGCGGUCUGCAAUGAAGUCCUACGGUACUAUUCCCCAGUCCCUUUGACGGUCCGUGUGGCUGCAGUGGACACGACGAUCAUGGGGCAUCACGUACCCAAGGGAACGCGCAUCAUCCUUGUGGCGGCGGCCACCAAUGUCGACCAGGAGUACUGGGGCCCUGACGCAGCUGAGUUCAACCCAGAUAGAUGGCUUCCUAAGCACGAGGCGGACAAGGCGGCAGCCAGCGGCGGAGCGUCGAGUAACUACGCCUUUAUGACUUUCAUCCAUGGGCCGAGGAGCUGUAUAGGGCAGAGUUUCGCGAAGGCCGAGUUCGCCUGUCUGCUAGCGGCGUGGAUAGGACGCUUCAACUUUGAGCUGCAUAAUAAGGAAGAGCUUGAUGAGAAGAACAUGGUCAUCAAAGGAGGUGUGACAGCGAGGCCGGCUAAGGGCCUGCAUGUGUAUGCUACUGUUGUCGAUGGGUGGUAG